AUGUUCAAGCAUCUCAUCGACCAACUGUCGCAACUCUACCCCCCCAAACCACUCUUUACAGAAUUCGAACUCCCUGAUCUCAAAGAAAAGGUAUACAUCGUCACGGGCGCCAACACAGGCGUGGGCAAAGAACUCUCCCGCAUCCUCUACUCCAAAAACGCACGCAUAUACAUGGCCGCGCGCUCCCAGGAAAAGACCCUCUCCGCCAUAUCGGAAAUUAAAUCCUCCCUCCCCUCCUCCACCGGCGACCUCAUCUUCCUGCCCCUCGACCUCGCCGACUUGACCACCAUUGCCUCCUCGGCGCGCCAGUUCCUCGACCGCGAGCCCAAGCUCCACGUGCUCUUCAACAACGCCGGCGUCAUGAACCCGCCCAAGGGGUCCGCCACGAAACAAGGCUACGAACUGCAGUUGGGCGUCAACAACCUCGGCACGUUCCUCUUCACCAAGCUCCUCUCGCAGCGCCUUGUCGAGACGGCCGCCGCCGAGGAGCCCGGCACCGUGCGCGUCAUCUGGGUCGCUUCGUCCGCCGCCGAAGCACCCGUGGUGCCCCGCGGCGGCGUCGACAUGAAGGACAUUGGCCGACGCCUCGACAAGUCCGAGUUCACGAGCUAUGCGCUCAGCAAGGCCGGCAACUAUCUGCACGCCGUGGAGAUGGCGAAGCGGUUUCGGGACAAGGGCGUGCUGAGCAUCGCCUUGAACCCGGGCAAUUUGGACUCGGAGCUGUGGAGGACGCAGACGGCGUUUAUGUCGAGGAUGCUCAAGACGUUUGUGCUGCAUCCGCCCAAGUUCGGCGCCUAUACUGAGUUGUUUGCCGGGUUGUCGCCCGCAGUCACCUUGGAUCGGUCCGGUCAUUGGGUUGGGCCCUGGGGUCGAUUUCUGACUAUACGGGGGGACUUGAAGAAGGCCGCCGAGGAUGGCAACUCCGAGGCAUUUUGGAAUUGGACUGAGGAGCAAGUCCAGCAGUAUGAGACACCGGCAAAUUAA